ACUGGUCCCAGGCACCACAAGUUUAAUCUUGUUGGGGGGUUCGCAGACGACACAGACCUGGUGAAAACCUGCGUCGGAAACCUCGAAAAGAUGGUGAACUUCGACGCUUCGCUGAAAUACAUCGGUUCGUAUGGUAAAUACCAGAAGAUCACGUACUACGUUGUGUUGGCGCUGUGCCUGACUUGCCCGUUCCACCAGCUGGGCAGCUCGUUUCUGGACGCCGAGGUGGACUACCACUGCGCCGUGCCAGAGUUACGAGCGGCCGAACGGCUUCCGAACGAGACCGAGUGUGCCUGGAACUACUCCUUACCCUGGGAGCGAGCUCCGGAAGGAGGGACGUGGAGAUACAGCCAAUGUUUAAGAUACACCGUGACAUCAUAUGAGUUAGGCAACUUGUCCUGCCCUUAUGACGGCCUCAACUCCACCGGAAAUGACACAAGAAAGACAAAAGGCUGUGAUGGGGGAUACUGGUAUGACACUAGCCAGUAUAAAAGUAGCAUCUUCACGGAGUUCAAUCUUGUGUGCGACAAAAGUACCCUGAACAGCCUGUCCCAGUCUAUUUACAUGGCGGGAGUCCUGGUCGGAGCCAUCGGAUUCGGACAACUUUCUGACCUAAUCGGCAGAAAGAAAACCCUGUUCAUCAGUCUGUUAAUAAUGUUGGUGUUUGGGGUCGUGGUAGCCUUUUCUCCUGAAUACAUCACUUUCGUCAUCAUGCGAUUUAUUGUGGGAGCUUCGGUGUCGGGGGUCUUUCUGUCGGCAUUCGUCAUAGGUACGGAGCUGACCGGGAGGGAGGACCGCACGUGGACGGGGACACUACCGCAUAUCUCUUUCGCUAUCGGCUACAUGCUGUACGCUCUGAUGGCGUGGGGCAUCCGCGACUGGCGCCAACUCCAACUCGCCAUGGCCCUCCCAAACAUCCUACUUCUUUUCGCAUGGCCUUUUGUGAUUGAGUCUCCAAGAUGGCUGCUGUCACGUGGUCGCGAUGAGGAGGCCAAGCAGAUUCUCCUGAAGGCUGCAAAGGUCAACAGGGUCACCAUACCCGAUGACGUGUUGAACGAGAAAGCACACAAGAAGGACGUCAAACAGUACACAGCCAUCGACCUGAUCCGCACCCCCCACCUGCGGCUCAUGAACAUCGUCUGUUGCUACAACUGGAUGGUUGUUUCCAUGGUGUACUACGGCCUAUCCCUGAACACGGGUGCCCUGGCUGGUAACAUCUACCUCAACUUCUUCAUCAGCGGAGCUGUGGAGAUUCCCGCCUACUACCUGUCAUGGUGGCUCCUGGACAUCAUAGGGAGAAUCAAAUGCCACACGGGUUUCAUGAUUCUGUCUGGAGUAGCUUGCAUUGUGGCUCCGUAUCUGGCGCCCCCUUACGUCGCUGACCACCUGGCUCCCCUGUCUGUGACGCUGGCGAUGAUAGGGAAGGCAGCAAUCAGCGCGGGGUUCAACAUCGUCUUUCUGUUGUCUGCAGAACUAAACCCAACGGCUAUCAGGAAUGUCGGAGUGGGGGCCGGGUCCAUGUUUGCUCGGCUCGGAGGCGUCAUCUCGCCGUUUGUUGUCCUUACCAACAAACUCUGGCAGCCCCUGCCUUUCCUCAUCUUCGGCGGACUCUCCAUCAUAGGAGGCGUGUGUGUGGUGAUCCUGCCGGAAACGUUAGGGGCAGAUCUUCCCGAGACGCUUGAAGAGGGGGAGAACUUUGGAAAGAAAAAGAAGAAGAAAGUGUACUUGUCAGACAUCGAGAAGAAUGCAGUAGCCAAUCAGGGAUUUGCGGUGGGACAGACGGCUGAGGUCAAGGUUAACUCUGACGGGAUGACGAACGGGGAAACCACGCGAUUGUAAUAAGCCGUUUCAUGAUUUAAUUUGCGUAUACGCACGGCAAUGCAUUGUGGGUAGUAUGUCAAAGUUGAAGGCUCCUGAGAUGUAAACAAAGCACGUCUAUGCAUAUCUUCCUUUCCAUAUAACUUUAGGUGAUCACUUGCCAUAUGUUAAAAAACAGUAUAAUGAGGUGGCCAAUUUUACUCCUCUGCCGGCUAAACUACUUCCCCAGCUUAUGUUACUGUCUUAUGCCACCGGAGGAAUCUGCUUGGAGAUUAGCUCACGUGAUCAUCUGCUAGUAGCUCACGUGAUCAUCUGUUAGUAGCUAACGUGAUCAUCUGCUAGUAGCUCACGUGAUCAUCUGU